UAGCCAUAGCUCCACUCAGACGCGAGAGAACACGUUCCAACCCCACCAUUCUCUCCACCGACCUCCGCCGCCGUCACAAACCACGCUGUCUGCGCUCGUCGCUGCCGGAGCACAUCUCGGACACUCAAAAUCUCUCAUGAAUCCGAACUUUGUUUCAUACGCUUACGGCGAGCGGGCGGGCAUCACCAUCAUCGACCUGGACCAUACAUUACCACUGCUCCGCCGCGCAGCGAAGGUUGUCCGUGGUGUCGCAGCCAGGAAUGGGAUGGUUGUCUUCAUUGGUACACGUCCCGACCUUCGCGUCGUCGUUCGCAAAGCUGCCGAACGCCUGGGAAGCCAGGGUUACCACGUCGGCGAACGUUGGCUGCCAGGAACACUGACCAACAGGACUGAGGUCUUCGGCAUCGAGGCCCGCCGGACAAAGCGCCUCGUCCCUGACUUGGCCAUCAUCCUCAACCCCAUUUCAAACUAUAAUGCGAUACGAGAAUGCGCAAUGGAACACAUCCCGACCAUUGGCAUCAUUGACUCGAACGUUGACCCGCGUUUGGUCAUGUACCCAAUACCUGCUAACGACGAGAGCACCCGGACAGCCGAACUCAUUGCCGGAGUCCUCAGCGUAGCUGGUCGGGAAGGUGUCGCUUUGGCGGAAGCCGAAGCCAUGAGGCGGAAACAGAGGGACAUCAUGAUGAAGAGAACACUUCUCAAGCAGACGGGGAAGGUAGAUACUGCAUAGUCAU